AUGUCCCUCAAACAGAACAAAUCAGAACCUAUCAAGACUCCAGAGGAGCCCCCCCAAAAUGCAGAAAAUGCUGCAGAAAAUGCUGAAGAAAAUGGUGAAGAAAAGAAGAAAGAACAGGAAGAAUUGCCACCUUUUGAGGUGGUGGAAGGGAGUCGCAUACCAGCCUCUUCUUUUAUGUUCCAGUUUAAAAAUGUGGAGUACAGUUCUGGACGAAAUAAAACUCUCCUGUGCUACACUGUGGAACGAGGAGAAGGUCAGAUCUUCCGUGGGUACUUAGAAGAUGAACAUGUCUCUGCCCAUGCAGAGGACGCGUUCUUCACCAAUGUCUUGCCACAAUAUGUCUCUUCCAAUCCAGUUGCUGUAACCUGUUAUGUGUCAUCUAGCCCUUGUAUCAACUGCGCUGCUUGCAUCGCUCGGUGCCUGCGACGUUACAAAACUUUGAAGCUUCAAUUGGUUGUGGCCCGGUUGUUCCAGUGGGAAGAAUCAGAGAUCCGUGGGGCACUGCGAGGCAUCACCUCUGCGGGCUGUAAGCUUCGGAUGAUGAAAACUGCAGACUACUUGCACGUAUGGCAACAAUUUGUGGAGCCUGACAUCAUCCUAGAUGAUGAAGGGAUUGCUGAGCAACCAAGUGAGCAAGGAGCCUUUAUCCCCUGGGAGGAUUUAGACGAAAAUGCCAAAUAUUACGAGGAAAGGCUUGCUGAAAUUAUACGAUAAACAACUGUUGUGCCC